AUGGCCUCAGCAGAGUACAACAGUGCAGAGGAGCAAAGUGACAACCAGCACCAAACUGCAGUGAAAGGGUUGGAUCCAGACACCACUUACAUCAUGUCCAUUGUGUGUCACUCCCUCUUAAACCAGACACUCCGCUCCAAGCCACUUAAUGUCACUACUCUCCCAUCAUCGAGAUACCUCAGCAACAUACAGGCUUCCCAUAUAACCUCAUCGACUGCUGUGAUUGGCUGGGAUCUACAUCCAACAGACACUGUCCUGGUGGACUCCUACUCCAUUAGCUAUCGUCCUUAUGGUACUGACAGACCUAAGAAGACUAUAAUUGCUUUCCCUCCGAAUACCAGUGUGAUCCUCACAGAUCUCAGUGAAUCAACUCCCUACAUCGUAACAGUUUCUGUCAGAACAUUCUCUGGAGAAGAGGACACUAGUUUGGCAUUGCAUUUUAAAACCAAAGGUUUGAUUGACGUGUGCCUGAGCAAUCCGUGUGGAGCCAAUGCCUCCUGUAUCCAGCAGGACGGAAGCUUCAGAUGCUCCUGUGGGACUGGCUACACCUGGAAUGGAUCUGUCUGUACAGAUGUGAAUGAAUGUGAAAGUGGAAGCCACGACUGUCACAGCUCGGACUCCUGUUUCAACAGCCCCGGCUCUUUCCAAUGUGUGUGUGAGGCUGGUUACACUGGAGAUGGGAGGAACUGUACAGAUGUGAAUGAAUGUGAAAGUGGAAGCCACGACUGUCACAGCUCGGCCUCCUGUUUCAACAGCCCCGGCUCUUUCCAGUGUGUGUGUGAGGCUGGUUACACUGGGGAUGGGAGGAACUGUACAGGUUUUUCCAUCCUGAAUCUGAGUGUGCAACAGCAGAACGUUUCUGAUUGA